AUGGAAAUAGAAACUGAUGAAACUGGAGAUCCGACUCUUGACAAUGGUAAUCAUCAUGAAAAUGAGGCUGCAAUUAUUAAUGCUCCGAAGGUCGAAGGGAAAAGAAGUGGGGAUGUGGUAUUUUCUAGGGAAGCUCCACUUGAACGACUACUAGAAUGCAAUGGAGAUGGAGUUCUAAAGAUGGAAGUUGGUACUAAGGUCCAGAAGUUCACAGAGUGGGCUCUUAAAUGUAAAUGUAUCCACUCUCAUUGCCAGGAAAAUAAGGACGAAGUGGGCUGCUACGCUGCCACCGAUAUUCAGCUACAACUACCUGCUUUCCGGACUAUUGUAAAUCUUGCUGGCAACAAUCAUACAGGGAAGGAUUUUACCGAAACAAUUGAUGAAGAAUGCUUCCAUUAUGCACUCUUCUUUAGUUCAAAUGAUCAUGGUUGGGCAUCUGGUAUAUCAGCCACUUCUAUCCAAAGGUUUCUUUUGAAUUAA